UCCCCCGCAGAAGAAUAUACUAGUUGAAAAGGACGUAAAGAUGGACAAAGAUGGUCUCACUGAUCUCUAUGUUCAACAUGCCAUUCCCCUGCCUCAGCGUGACUUACCAAAAAGUAGAUGGGGGAAAAUGAUGGAAAAGAAAAGGCAGCAAAAUGAGUUGAAAAGUGAAAAUAAAAGUGUUACAACGGUGGAAGGUUUAAGGAAACGGCCAUUAAUUGUAUUUGAUGGCAAUUCAACAAGUACCAGUAUAAAGGUGAAGAAGACAGAGAACAGAGCUGCUGAUCGCCUAAAACCUCCUCCAGCUGGAAGCACCACCAACACUGUUAGAAGAUUAUCCGUUCCAUCAAAUGCCUCAACAUACAUUUCAGCCUCCAGUUUAUCAGAGGACGCUAAGCCAGGAAUAAGGAAUAAUGAGGCUAAGCAGAACAGUAUUUCAAAGACUAACAGCAAUGUGCUGGCUAGUCUGAAGGUGUACCCUUUGUCUCCAGUAGCAGGAACUACUGUUGUGAAGUUAAAGAGAACUGUUCCAAAAGAAGAAUCUGAUUUGCCGAAUGACCUAAAGCCUACAGAAGCAAAGAAGAAAAUCCAGCAUGUUACAUGGCCAUGAAGUAGCUAAUGGUGCUUGAAACAGAAAUAUUACUUCCAUAUUUUCAAACAGAUAAGUCAUAUUUAAACAGUUUAAGUAUGAUUCUUUUUAAACCUUACAGCGAUUCAGAUUGCUGUAAAGUUUUAACAAUUUUAAAAGGUCCCUAUUGUAAAGCUGGAGUCAUUAUCACCGGUCACCUUAAGAGUGUAUACUCUUGUACACCAAGUAGCUCAUUACUUCUUUAAAAGGUGGUAGUAUUAAAAUGUACUAAACCCCCCACUUUUAGUUUUCAAGAUUAUUAUAGUUCAUCUCCUGCAUGUCACUACAGUUCACAUAUAUAAAUAUUUUUUUAGUUUGUUUCGGUAAGAUUCAGUUUUGUUCCACUUCUGGUUAAAUAGUUAAAAUAGCUAUUGAGAUUCAGAGUGAUCCCAAGAG